AUGCGCGCGAUUUCGCCGCGUUUGCCCUUCAUCUGGAUGCGGUUCGUUCACUCCCUCCCUCCCUCCGUGUCACUCUUUCUCCACGGCCAAUUCUCCCUCCGCGUAUCCGAAGUUGAGGGGAAACAGAUCCUUUUCCGCGUAGUUUUUCCUCCCGCACUUGCCUUCCCCCUCACCCGACACUCCGCUUACCCCCCGCAACUUUCUUCCGCUGCACUCUUCUUUCUCCGCCUUCCACCGAAUCGAAAACUCACGCGCCACCGAACUUCCACCGCCACAUUUAUUUUCUCGGAGCAAGGAUCGGCAGGGAUCGAGAGCAGCAAGCAGCAGCGAACUCAAGAAUUCGCAAAUCGAGAGCGCGGAACACGUCUAACCUAUGAGCAUCCGAACCAGCCCUCCGCGAAGCGCUACCGCGGCGUGCGUCAGCGUUCGUGGGGCAAGUGGGUGUGCGAGAUCCGCGAGCCGCGCACGCGCGCGCGCGUGUGGCUGGGAUCGUACAGCUCCGCAGAGGAGGCCGCUCGCGUCUACGACACCGCCGCGCUCAUGCUGCACGGCGCGCACGGCGCGGAGCGCCGGCUGAACUUCCCCCACGCUGCGGCGACCUCCAUCGAGGGCGGAAUUCGCAUGCGCCCCGUCGUGGUCUCUCGCGCAACGGCGGAGUCUCUCCUCCGCGCGGCGCGCAACCUCGCCGCGUCCGCCAACGGCGCAGAGUCAGCGGCCGCGGAAGCGGACUCGAGGACGUUCAACAGCGAGUGGGUGCAGCUGGAAAUUGCGGGCGGUAACGUCCUCUUCGCUGAGUGCCCCGCGCCUGGACUCAUCCCCGUCACCCCCGUCGCCCCCGCCCCCGCUGCCGGGCCCGCAGUCGCGCCCUUCGUCCCGGCUCCCGCCCCCGCGCCUGUCGCAAAUCCCUCCCCUUCCCCAGUAUCCACCGUCCCCUCUCUCUCUGCGUGCGACAACCUGCCCGUCGCACCGUCCACCAGCGUCGCCGACGUCGCAGGAGUCGCCUGCUUCAGCAGCGACAACGACAGCAGCUCCAUUCUGGAACUUCCAGAGCUGGACUGGCCGGAAAUCGAGAAGUCUGAUCCUAUCCUCAGCCUCCCCCUCUACCCUCCAAUCGGCUGCACUCGGGGAAGCCAGCCAUCAUGA